GAACGAACGACAUUUGGCGAAGCGUGGCUGAGUUAUAUCAGGAGCUGGCUGUUGCGAUUGGGCGUGCAGUGGAGUCCGCCGAGGAAGCGGCUCGCGCACCAGAUCCAGGACAGGGUGCUGCGUCCGCUUCCUGGGCAGAGCCAGCCAGCACCUUCAACAGCAGUGGCCGAGCCACCGAGGAGAGAGAGGCCAAAGUCAGCGGGUGCAGAAGGCGCAGCAAGGGUACCUCCUUUGCAGCAGGAGCUGUACUUCCCAAAGCGCCAAACCCGCUGCGAAGGCGCAACCUGCGAGCUGCAGCCACCACUGUCACAGGUGCUGUGCAGGCAGCAACACCAGCUUUGCCUUGGCCGUCGCAACCAAGCAGCUCUGCUACCACAGCUGCCAUUCCCCAAGUGUUUGACCAGAGCAACAGAGCUACCGCUGCCUUGCCGCUUCCUCCGGCAAACCCACCUCUUGAAGCCACGACCGCACAGGAUCCAGGUCGCACGAAGACCACUGCCAAGGAAGAGCCGUCCCAGCAGGACGGCACCAAGACUCCGGAGCAGUACGAAGAGGAGCAUUUCCAGAAGCUCGUGGAGGCCAAGGCCAAGAAGAACCAGGCCAAAAACGCCAAGGAGGCGGACCAACAGCCGAAAAAGCAGACGAAGCGGCCGGCUGCGGCCAUGUCCAGCCGACAAAGCUCGGCGGCCCAAGGCACCCAUUGCGACAGCCAGGUAGCCAAAGGCGCGGCCAAGGAUGCCCAAGGCUGCGCCAAGGAUGCCAACGGUCGCCAGGCAUGGAGGGAGUACAUCGAGGCCCAAGAGAAAAAGAAGGCCAUGGCCAAGAGGCUGUCAAAGAGCAUGGCCUGCCAGAAGCCAGUUCCUCCAACGACCAGCGAAAGGUGUCUGCCAGAUCAUGUCCAAUGGGGGAUUUGCUUGGCAGAUGGUGCUGCUCACAAGGACCAGGAUGUUAUUGACCACUACACCAAGUACAACGAGCUGAAGCUGACCACCGACGAGGAGGCACUGCCCCAGUGGUCCCCUUCCAGACCAUGCACAGCAUUGGCGGUUGGGGGGUUCGAUGCUUGCGGUUCCAUUCAUCGAUAUGUCCAGCUCUGGUCUCUUCCAGGGGCUUGGAAAGGAGGCCGCCUACCCGAUGUGUUCUCCACCAAGAUGGUGACGAAGCAGCAGGCAAGCGUGGUGAUUCCAGCAGCCAGCUGCCCACAGGCCAUGGUGCACCAAGGCAUGUAUGGGGCCACAACCACGGCCAGCUUGCUGGCAGCUGCGGAGAACGCCAUUCAGAGCUUCCAGGAGGCCAACUUCGGCGUCCCAUUGAUGAAAAAAUAG